AAUCCAGGGGCGGAUUCCGCUUAUAUAUUUAAAAAAAACACCUUUAAGAGGAAAGCCCCGGUUAAUUCUGAUGGACGGGAGAUUAUUAUUAUUAUUUUUUCUUUAGAGCUCCUGCGGUGAAGAACAGCUAAUCAUAUAAUCGCUUCUCUAUUCGAUUGCUCAAUCCUACCGAGUAAAUACCGUUGUUUCCCCGCCCUAGUAUUUUGUAUUUAUUUAUUAUUAUUUGCAGCUUCCUAUUCAAUAGAUUUGCUUCCAGUCUCUGGUGCUAUAAAGUUUCAGAUCGUUUUAGAGCCAUGGGGAAUGGGAUGAAUAAGAUACUUCCUGGCUUGUUCCUUGGAAAUGAUAAAGAUGCUCGUGACACUGAACAACUAAAACAGAACAAUAUUACACACAUUCUUUCAAUCCAUGACAGUGCUCGGCCCAUGUUGGAGGGAAUAAAAUAUCUGUGUAUCCCUGCUGCAGAUUCUCCCACGCAGAAUCUAGCAAGACAUUUUAAAGAAAGCAUUGUUUUUAUCCAUGAGUGUCGGCUUAGAGGUGAAGGCUGUCUUGUCCACUGUCUCGCUGGUGUUUCCAGGAGUGCAACCUUGGUUGUGGCCUAUAUAAUGACUAUCACCGAUUUUGGCUGGGAGGAUGCACUGUCUAUUGUCCGAGUGUCGAGAUCAUAUGCCAGUCCAAAUAUGGGCUUCCAGCAACAGCUUGAAGACUUUGAGAAAAAGGAAAUGGCCCAGUUCCGAGACUGGCUUAAAGCAAAGUAUGGCGAAAACCCUUUGGAAGACAAAAAAGACGCCGAGGCUCUUUUGCAGAAGCACCGACUCCAGGCGGUGGAUCCUUACAAAUCUGUCUGGAAGGCCAUGAAAUGAUAUUGUUGCUUCGGUGACUGCCAAUCAUUUAUUCUAACGUUCAGGAUCUAGUCACAACUAAGCAGGGCUUAGAAUCACCUCUUAUUGCAUGUGCCAAAAAAGGAUUGCUUGGAAAGGUGUAAUUGAGGGGAGGGCACAGGAGCUAUUUGGGUUGUUAUAAUACACCUGCCUUUAAAUAUUUGAGGAAUGGGACUCCAAAACACGAACCUUGUUAUAUACCCAUGAUGGCGAACCUGUUGCACACAUGCCACAGGUAGCACGCAGAGCCCUGUCUGUGGGAAUGCAUGCCAUUACCCAGCUUGGCUCU